AUGGGCUCUUCAACGCCGCAGACGCCAGUUCUUAUUGUAGGAGGUGGUCCCACAGGUCUCUUUCUGGCGUUGCGCCUUGCCCGAGCGGGAAUCCGGACGGUGGUGUUUGAGCAAGACACCGAGCUCUAUCCAACACCUCGUGCAUUGGGAUACUUUGGCCCCUCACAGUUUGCUCUUCAGCACGCAGGAAUCUGGGAAGAAGUUCGAGACAAAGGCUACCUGCUCAGGGGCCUCUCGUGGAGGAAGACCACUCAACAGAUAUCUCCAGACAGCCGAAGCUGGGGUCCUCUGAUUGCUUCCUGGGACCUGACCAAAGGAUCCGCCUCGAAGGAGGGUGAAUGUGGUUACGGCAUGACGAUACUCGGACAACAUCGGUUGAGGGAGGUCAUCCUGGCCAAUCUAACGGCCUCGGGGCUUUCCCACGUCUAUUUCGGUCACAAAGUUAUUGGUGUUAGCCAGGAGGAAAAUUCAGAAAGGGUGAAUGUGACGGUCCUCGACGGGCAAGGUGGCCAGCGUUCCUUUGAGGGAUCAUAUCUGGUGGCGGCCGAUGGAGGAAAGUCCACAGUACGCAAACUGCUCGGCUUGUCCCUUGACGGAGUCACUUGGCCUCAGGUUCUAGUGGCGACGGACACUUGGGUCGACCUUCCAAUGCCCGACGACGGUCCUCCGUUUGUGUAUAUUGUGGACCCAAUUGACUGGGCUCUGUUUAGCCCCAUACAAAGGCCGGCUGAGCAUGGACCCAGCUACUAUCGUAUCACUGUGGCCAUGUCUCUCGAGCAGUGUGAACCAGACGCUCUCGACUGGAAUCUGAGACAGAAACUGGAAAGGUUGAUUCCUGGCCCGCGACCGGCCAAGUAUGAGGUGAUACGGUCGCAGAGGUACGAGACUCAUCAGCGAAUUGUCCCAUCCAUGCUCUCUGGGAGAUGUAUGCUGAUCGGUGAUGCGGCACAUCUGAACAAUCCCUGGGGCGGAUUGGGUCUCAGCACGGGCCUGCUUGACGCGGACUCCCUGGCCGACGCCCUAGCACACGUCCUAAGUGAAGGUGUAUCGACAUCAAUACUUCGACGCUGGGCCGAUGCGCGAAGAGAAGUGUUUCUCAAACUCGUCAGUCCAAUCUCUUCGGCAAACAAGCUUCGCUGUCAUGAGACUGAUCCGGACAAUCCCAACACUGAUCCUUUCUUUGAGAUGCUCAGAAAGGAGGAUAACGAACAGGAAUUGGCGGCUUUGAUGUCGGACAUGUCAGAGAUGGCUACCGAUGUGUCGCAGUUCAUCGAGGUUCGAAGUGAGUCUGUAGGUAGAUCUGUCUGA